AUGCCCGGAGAGUCGGAUUCUCGCAGCAACCAAAACGCCAGGAGUGGUAGUAGUUCUUCUCAUCAUGCGGUCGAUGUUGAGUCGUCCGAUGGUAGGAGCCGAGGAUCAGCAGACGAGAUAAGUUUUUGCAUCUUUAGAGUGCCUCAAAGUCUGUCCGAUAUCAAUCAGAUGGCGUACCGGCCUAGCACGGUCCCGAUUGGGCCCUACCACCACAAAAACCCAGAGUUUGAAAAGAUUCAAGAGCAUAAGCGGCGAUUCUUCAUCGAUCUGCUCAAUCGAAGGCACCAGAGGACGGAGAGGCUACAGAUGGAGAAGCUACAACAGUUCGCUGAGGCUUUGAAGCCAAUGGAGGAGAAGAUAAGAAAGUGUUAUACUGAGGCCUUAGCUUUCAACAGCGAUGAGCUCAUCCAGAUGAUGGUACUUGAUGCUUGCUUCAUCAUUGAGCUGUUCUGCAAGUACUCCCGUAGAUUGAAAGGGGGCCCCGACGCAAGGCAUGACCCCUUGUUGACAGAGCCCUGGGUUUUGCCUUUCCUUAUGCGGGAUCUCGCCAAGCUCGAGAACCAAAUUCCAUGGUUCGUUCUUAAACGUCUGUUCGAUAUGACGCUGGGAUCUUCAAAUGAGAGCGAUACUUCUCUAUCCGAUCUCGCCUUGAGUUUCUUCAACCGGAUGCUUCAAAGACCAGAGCAUAUCUUGAAGAAGUACUCCAACAGCGAAGGAGAACAUCUGCUUAAUUUCCUCCGUUUGACUUACAUCCAUGACUCUCCAGAGACAAAGCAAAAACAAAAUAAAUUCCUUCGCCUGAUCCAGCCCGCAAACAAGCUCUACCAAGCAGGCAUUAAGUUCAAGCCCACCCAUUGUGAAAGCUUCAUGGACAUCAAAUUCAGCAAUGGUGUCUUGGAAAUUCCGGUACUAAAAUUCGAUGACUUCAUGAGUUCUCUGUUCCUUAAUUUUAUUGCAUUUGAGCAAUGCCACAGGGACUCCUCCAAGCAUGUCACAACUUUUGCCACUUUCAUGGCUUGCCUCCUUAACACACCAGCAGAUGCUGAGUUCCUAUGCAACCGCAAGAUCAUUGAGAGAUAUUUUGGGACGGAUGAGAAAAUUGCCCAUUUCUUUAGCAACAUUGGGAAAGAUGUUGUGUUUGACAUCCGCAAGAACCAUUUGUGCCAGGUGCUCCAGGAUGUGAACACGUAUUGUGAGAAGGACUUCCGAGUACAUUGGGCCAGCUUCAAGAACACCUACUUCAAAUCGCGGUGGUACCUCAUAUCAGCUAUAGCGGCAUUCAUACUUCUGGUUCUGUCGGCAAUUCAGUCUUCGUAUGCUGUGAUUGCUUAUUACCGACCUCCUAAGUCAUGA